AUGCCCCGACAUCUCAAGCGUCGCGCAGAGGUAAUCUCUCGUGCCGGUUCCGAAUCAGAAGUUGAGCACCCUCCAAGCCGACGACCAUCCCCACCCUCAGACUCAGAUGCUGCCUCAUCAGGCUCCUUUUCCGCCUCCUCUCCUUCGUCCCCUGCCGCAACAGGUCAAUCCGUAGAGAAGAUCCUCAUCAAGAAACUCGUCCGUCUAGCCCUGGCCACAGAAUAUUCCCGCACACCCCUGCGGCGAAGCGACAUCUCCCAAAAAAUAUUCAAAGAUGCAAACACCGCUGGAGGUCGGGCUUCCUUCAAAAGCGUCUUCGCGGGAGCUCAGCGCGUGCUGAAUGAUGUAUUUGGGAUGCAAUUAAUGGAACUUCCCUCCAAGGAGAAAACGUCCCUCAAAGAUCGCCGUACACAAGCUACGCAAACAAAGUCCUCGAGUGCCGCUACCAAGUCUUGGAUACUCGUAUCCACCCUCCCACCCGAGUUGAAACACAACACUCUCAUCAUGCAACCCACACGGGCGCCCAAUAUCGACGUCGAAUCUAGUUACACUGCCCUCUAUACGUUCAUCCUCUCCCUAAUCUACCUAAACAACAAUGCCCUCACGGACCAGAAGCUGGAACGUUAUCUUCAACGCGUCAAUGCGGACACUUACACGCCUCUGGGCAACAAAGAGAAACUGCUCCAGAGGAUGGUGAAAGAAGGAUAUAUCGAGAAACGAAGGGACACGUCUAGCGGAGAGGAAAUGAUUGAGUGGACACCGGGGCCGAGAGGCAAGGUUGAGGUUGGGGUGGAAGGUGUGGCGGGAUUGGUGAGAACCGUCUAUGGGUAUGGAGCAGUGCCUCUCUCUAGGGGCCCUCGACGAAACAACGAGCGCAGUCGGCGCGACGAAAGUGAAGACGCCAACAGUGAAGAGCCCGCCCGCCUAGUCAAGAUCGAAGAGAGCGAACUCAACGCCAAACUUUCGAGGAGCCUGGGCGUCCAAUUUGGUAACGGUGGUGCCGCCACGGAGCAAAAUCAGAGUGAUGAUGAUGAUGAUGAUGAUGAGAGAGAUGCUGAAGAUAAUGCAGAGGAUAGGGAUGUCGAAGGCGACCGGCAGCUUGGACCUUUGAGACCGAGGGGACCGAGGCCCAGACCCAAUACGUCUGGUAGAGACUAA